UAAAUAAAUGUCUUUUCAUUCGGAAUUAUUUUAAUUGCGCGCCAAAACUGAAAUCUGCAACAUCCGCGAAAGCAAGCGGCGAACGUGAUGACUCGUCCCCGCCCUCGCCUCGCCGUUUUGGUGGCAAUCGAAAGAAACGUCCAGUGCGAUGACGAUUGCCGCCCGUGUACCAACUGUGCUGGCUGAUCGAGUAAAACGAGUUAUAGUUACAUAUAUAAUUGGAUCCACGGCGCCGUACGAAACCAACAACUACCUGUUUUGUUUUGAAUUUCGCAUUUACUCCCGGUUGUGUGCGUAAUAACUUUCAGUGAUGGCUUCAAAAAAAAGGAAGUUAUUAGAAGAAAAUAGAGUAUUUAACGAUGCAUGGACAGAUUUAUACUUUUUUAUUGAUUGUAAGGGAAAACCCCUAUGUUUAAUAUGCCAAAAAACUAUUGCUGUUAAAAAAGAAUAUAAUCUCAAACGCCAUUACGAUAGCGAGCAUAAAACUAAAUUUGCAUUUCUUGUGGGUGAUUUACGGAAAAAUAAAAUUAACGCAUUGAAAUCGUCAGUAAAGAACCAACAAAAUGUUUUUAAGGUUCAAAUUCAAAGUAACGAGUCGGGUGUACGUGCGAGUUUGAGGGUAGCAGAAAUACUUGCGAAGUCUGGCCGACCGUUUACUGACAGCGAACUAGUAAAACAAUGUGCUUUAGUUAUGGCUGAGGAGGUGUGUCCAGAGCAAAAAAAAAAUAUUUGAUGAUAUUUGUCUAUCUGCCAGAACCUGCACCCGGCGUACUGAAGAUUUGGGCAAUAAUUUAUGCGAGCAACUUCAGGAAAAGGCACAAAUGUUUGAAUGGUUCUCUUUAGCCACCGAUGAAAGUGAUGACGUUUCGGAUACUGUGCAGCUACUAAUAUUUGUGCGCGGUAUUGAUGAGAACAUUAAUGUUUUUGAGGAGCUUUUACAGUUAUGCAGUUUGAAAGGAACGACUACAGGGGAAGAUUUAUUUCGCCACUUAGAACAAGCGUUAGUGUCAAUGCAAUUACCAUGGGCAAAAUUGGUAAGCGUUACAACUGAUGGAGGCAGAAACAUGAGUGGACAAAACAAGGGCCUGGUGGGUAGGAUUAAAACAAAACUGGCAGAGAUAGGUUGCGAUAUGCCAUUAUUUUUCCAUUGUAUUGUCCACCAAGAAGCGUUAUGCUGCAAAGUUCUUGCAUGGAAAGAAGUAAUGGACAUCGUAAUAUCGACAGUAAAUUCCAUCAGAAAAAAUGGGCUGACACAUCGCCAAUUUCAACAGUUUCUGUCGGAUGUGGAAGCUGAUCACCGAGAUGUCCUGUAUUAUUCUGAAGUGAGAUGGUUAAGUAGAGGUGCAGUACUGAAAAGAUUUUUUGAUCUACGAAAAGAAAUCAACACUUUUUUGAUCGAAAAAAGUAAAUCUGUUCCAGAACUUACAGAUCCUCAAUGGUUAAUAGACCUUGGUUUUUUGACAGAUUUAACUCAUGAGUUAAAUAUACUGAACAUGAAGCUUCAAGGAAAAAACAAAUUAGUCUCUCAUAUGCACACAGAUGUAAAGGCAUUCCAAAUGAAAAACAAGCUCUUUAUAAAACAUAUCGACGAGAAAAAACUGGACCAUUUUCCGAAUUGUAAAAAAGCUGUCGAAGAAGUUGGAAAGAAUUUUCAUUGGAAAAAUGAUAAAAUGAAAUGCAUGUUAAUGCAGCUACAAAAUCAGUUCAACGACAGAUUUUGUGACUUCGAGAAGGUUUCUGGCAAACUGAAGAUUUUUGCAAACCCUUUUUCAUGUGAUAUUGACGACGUACCGAGUAAUUUACAAAUGAAUGUGAUUGAUCUUCAAUCUAAUGACACUUUCAAAAACUCCUUCUAUGAAAUCAAUGAUAUUAUUAAAUUUUAUGGCAGUUUGCCAUCUAAUUUUGACGAAUUGAAAAGGUUUGCUCAGCAAUUAAUUACAAUUUUUGGCAGCACCUACUUAUGCGAACAAACAUUUUCAAUCCUCAAUUACAGAAAGAAUAAAUAUUGUUCUCGUCUCACAAAUGAGCAUUUGAGUGCCAUUUUACGAAUUUCUACGACAGGCAUGAAAGCAAACAUUCCACAAAUAGCCAGUCAAAUACAGCCUCAAAAAUCGCAUUAAAUUUUGAUUCGACUCGCAUAUAUAGCAUAUUUAUUUCGAAGUUUUGACUUAAUUUGUCUGUUUUUUCUCAUUUUCUUAUUAUUGUUUCUACUUAUUAAUAAAAUUUAUAUAAAAUGUUGAUGAAUAAAGUAAAAGUAAAUAUUUGUG